CAGGCCUGGGGAGAGGGGGGACCCCCGGGCCUGGGGGAGUCUGCGGCGCUGGAGGAGGAUGAGGGGUCCCGUGGGUAAAGGAGGGGUCAAGGGAGGGGCCUGGGAACGCUCUGGGGGGGGAUACCCGAGAGGAGUCAGGGGGACAAACCGGGGUGUCCCAGCCACCAGAACCUGCUGGGGGCUCCGGUAAGGAUCCCACGGGAAAGCCCUGGAUGUGCACGGGCAGCAAUGACCCCUGGAGGGGUUUGGGGCUGGCUGGGAGAGCCCUGCGGAAGGGUGCUGAGGGGCUGGAGGGUGUCCAGGGCUCUUGGAACCGCCGGUACUGCCCCCUCACCUCUGUCCCCACAUUUCUGUUUGUGGGGCGGGGGCUCUCCAGACGCCCUGCAGCCCCAUCCAUCCCAGCCCUGUGGGCAGUGCCAGGGGGUCUGCCAAGCCCCCCACGCUGACACGUCCCCGCUGUGUCCCCGCAGUGGGACCUGGUGUGUGCCUCGCGCUGGAAGGUGCCCCUGGAGCAGACCACGCACCUGCUGGGCUGGACGCUGGGUAGUGUCACCGCCGGCCUGGCUUGUGACAGGUAGUGGGGGUCCCCGGGCAGCCCCCGGGGCAGGGGGCACCGUGUCCAACCCCUCACAGCUCGUCCCUGGCAGGUUUGGCCGCCGUCCCACCUUCCUGCUGUCCCUGGCGCUGGCCGUGCCCGCGGGCCUGGCCGUGGCACUGGCCGUGGAUUUCCUCAUGGUCCUGGUGGCACGGCUGCUCUUUGGGGCCGCGCUGGCAGGAGCCUUCCUCGCCCUCUACGUGGCACGUGAGUGUGAGGGGGGCGUCCGGGGGGGUUUGGGGGCUGAGGAUGCUCCAGGACGCCCUGGGGUGUGGGAUGCUGCAGGCUGUCCCGGGGUGGUCUGGAAUACCGGGUGCUCCAGGGUGCAGGAUGCCCGGUGUCCUUGGCACCCACUGUGGCCCCCUCGCCCCCUGCCAGGGCUGGAGCUGUGUGACCCCCCGCACCGCCUGGGGGUGACGAUGGUGGCCGGAUUCUUCUGGAUCGCCGGGGAGCUGCUGCUGCCGGGGCUGGCCCUGCUGUGCCGGGACUGGCGGGUGCUGCAGGGCGCUGUCACCAUGAUCCUGGCCCUGCUGGCUGCCAGCUGGUGGUGCCCGGCACUGCUGCUGGAGUCGCCGCGCUGGCUGCUGGCCACACGGCAACCGGAGAGGGCCAGGAAGACCCUGCAGGCGCUGGCCGAAGACAACUGCCCCCAGGACAGCCUCCUCGCGGGUGCGUGGGGGGCUCCGAGCGCCAUCGGCCGCAUCCCCAAAGCCCUGCUCUGGGGCUGGUGUAACAGAGCCGGCUCUAUCCCGCUUUCCCCUGUCCCGGCAGAGCUGGAGGCCCUGUCCGAGGGGCCCCCGCGGCCCCGGUACCACUCGGUGUGCGAGAUCUGCAGCACCAGGGUCAUCUGGAAGAACGGCGUCAUCCUCGGCUUCGCGGCGUUCAUCGGCUCCGGCAUCCGCCACUGCUUCACCCGCAACCUGGUCCCGCACCUGCCCCACUUCUUCUCCUCCCACCUGGCGCUGCUGGGCACCGAGGCGGCCGCCUGCCUCUUCGUGUGCCUGACCGCCGAGCGCUUCGGGCGCCGCGCCAUCCUCCUGCUCUGCACCGUCCUCACCGGCAUCUCCUCCCUCCUGCUGCUGGCCCUCACCCAGUGUAAGCCCCCGCGGGACCCCCGGCACGCAGCCCCGGCCGGGGGGAGGAAAGGUGGGUGCGGGAUUUGCCCCCUGACGUGCUUCCCCCCCCCGGCAGACCUGCUGGAGCUCAUCGUGCUGACCCUGUCCGUGGUGGGCACGGCCGCCUCCCACGCCGUCACCAUGCUCAGCAUCUUCUUCGCCAGCGAGGUUCUGCCCACCGUGGUCAGGGGCGCCGGGCUGGGCCUGGUCGUGGGCGCCAAUUUCGUGGGCAAGGCUGCGGCGCCCAUCACCGCCAUCCCCAACAGCCGCGGCUUCUUCCUGCACCACGUCGUGUUCGCCUCCUUCGCCAUCCUGGCCGUGCUCAGCAUCAUGUUACUGCCCGAGAGCCAGGGCCGGGGCCUGCCCCAGUCCCUGCAGGACGGCGAGAGCCAGCGCCGCCCGCCCCUGUUCCGCCGCCCCCCCCGCGAGGACCACCUGCCCCUGCUGGCCCCCCACGCCAUCCCCCACGACUAUUCCUGCCUGGCCGCCUCCACCAAGAGGAUGCUGCGCUCCCCGGAGCCCCCCCGCGAGAUGUAGCCGUGCUCCCCGCGCUCCCCGGGGCUCUCCCUGCUGCGGGGGGCUGAGCAGGGACCCCCUCCCCCCAGGGAUGUUAGGGGAGCAGCAGGACGCG